AACUCCUACAACAGGCGAUAUGAGAACAGCGACAGAACUCUAGAAUGUUUCUCUGGUUCGACAUCCAUUCUUUUACGCUGGGGAGGGCUCUACCUUCUGCGAUCAAGGUGUCACCGCUCAGUGGUUAAGCGCCAGCAAACAACAACAACAUGUAACUCUCAGGUCGAUUCCCAUGUUAAUAAACAAAGCGGCAGCAGCUCCUUCCUUACCAUUUUCCUCCCCCAUGAUCUGUUCCAGCAUCUUCCUACUAGCUUGUGUGACAUUGUCGCUGGGUGACCCCAUCAUAUAUUCGCGGACGAGGAACACAGUGCGCGACCUGGAUGGCUGGGACGCAUUGUCGGAUGGAAAUGAGAAUUUUCGAUCAGAAAUGGAGUCGUCAUACCCAGGAAUGCUUGAAGACUUGGCUGUGAAUGGACAGCAUCCAGAAUUCAUGUUCCUCGGGUGCUCUGAUAGUCGUGUCAGUGAAGGAACGAUUUUUGAUGCGCUCCCCGGGAUGUUGUUUGGGGAAAGGAAUAUAGCAAACCAGUUCCAUGAGAAUGAUACGAAUUCGAACGCAGUCUUAGCAUACUCUGUGGAGGGUCUGGGCGUCCAACAUAUCAUUGUCAUGGGCCAUCACGGUUGCGGUGGUGUAUCAGCAGCCAUUGCAUCCCCCCCUUCUCAGCCGUGGGACGUAGCUGACGCUGCUGUGCAAGAAUGGAUCCUCCCUUUGAGAAAAUUAUAUGCCCAAUCAACGAGACCAGAGAUCGUCGAGUACAGGAACAAGUACCCCGGAGGCAUCGACGUCCCACCAAAACUUCAUGAACCUGUUCUCAGAGCGCUCGUGGAAGAAAACGUCAAAGAGACUGUGUCUAACAUUGCUUCAUCGCAGUUGAUUGUGGAGCGCUACAGCAACACGACUUCGGCUGCGGUAUUUAUCCAUGGGCUGGUGUACGACGUGGAGAAUGGUGAGAUAACGAAUCUAGACGUUUCUGUUGGGCCUCCUGGGAUCAGCAUUCCUCCGGUUCCCUUUCACACACACCCACACCAUAGACCCCAGCGGAAAGUGUCUCUCGUUUCAGUCUUGCAGACAAUUUUAUUUGGUCGUCAUCAUGAAAUCGGGAAUUAAUACCACUUUAGAUUUCAUGCCUGCUGCGUUAGUACCUGUCAGGUCAACGAGGGAUCAUGGUUUCUCAGAUUUUGUCCGGGGACCGAAGCGGAAGUCAGGGGAACUUCUAUAUAAAUAUAUUAAUUGCGGCUCGUCUGAAAUAAAUUCCCUUCAAAGUCAGAAUUUUGGUGUGGCCAAUUAGCUCU